UUCCAUCACAGCAGACUCUCCAUUGGCAACAACAACUACCAAUCAUGGCGGGAGUUUACAAUCUCUUGCUCCUCGUCUUGAUCUCGCUCGCUUCAGCAUUCCCUCAGCCAUCUCUGGACGCGAGACAGGCGUCCACGACCGAUGCCCCAUCUUGCUCCACGGAUGUGCCAGCUUCUGCUCUAUCUGUCUGCAUCUCUGGUGGCGGUAGGGCAGCGAUCACCAGCGUUUGCAGGAGCUUGACAUCCACUGCCAUCGUGUACGAGACAGUACAAGUGCCAAGCACCACGACGAGAACCACGACCGUUGGCACCUCUUUCUCCUCGACCGUCACACGCGUUUCGAGCAGGUCGACGACAACAGUGACGACAACCACCUACACCAGCACCGUCAGAGUGACAAGCGGAACCACGAGCAGCCUUGCUGGAGUGGUCACCACUGGCGUUCUCAGCACGAGCUUCCAAUAUACGUGCCCGAACUCAGCAAGACCUACGCCGUUUCCCACGUCCACGCCUCCUGAUAAUACCGUGGGUAUCUUCCGCAGACAAGCGAGCGCUUGUCUUCCAGUCCUGCGUAGGAAGUAUGGCGACGAUGGAAUCAUCGACGCUUGCCGAUGCCUUCGUCCCACAAGUUCAAUCGCCACUAUCACGGCCACACUGACAGUGACCGCGUUCAGUGGUGUGGUAUCUGUUACUGAAUCGAGAACUGCAACUUUGCGCACCACAAGGACGACGACAACUACUACGUUCACGGCCACCUCCGUUGUCAGUUCUGAUAUUGCGACCUCGACCACGAUUCCGGACACCGUCCCAUUCACUAGCACUGUUACGACGACAGAUGUCACCACAGUCACUACUGCAUAUCCUCUCCCAACUGGCCGCUUCCGAAUCUUCAUGAAUAUAAACGGACAGAGGCUCUACGGAAGGAACAUCGAGGCUGCCAGCAACGAUAACGGAACAGAUGUCAUCGCACUCGUGCCCGGCAGGAAUGGCGCAGCUUCUUUCGGAUUCAACAAUCUUCUCAACUUGAUCCUCUCGGGCACCCAGACCAAAAUUGCAGUUGAGCAGCAGACUUGGGCAGUACCUUUCGUGUACCUUGUUCCGAAUGGCCUGCCUCUCGACGAUCCUUGGACUGCUCCGACCUUUGCUCCAUGUGACGCUACCCUCGUCGCAACUGGAGCUCAGUCAAACUACGUCUUCGCUGCAUGCUUUGGUGGAAACGAGCCAAAUCGUCUUCUUGCCUUUGGAUCUCGUGGAGUCUGGUCUGGGAGCAGCAGUGGUGACGGUGAUGCCGCUGAAGCUAUGCAGAAUGGCACCUGUAUUGCUGGCGCAGUGGGAAUCGAGGCUGUCUCUGGUUCUCUCACUCCCACGCCGAGCUCUCCUUCCUCGCCAGCAGAGACCACAACAUCCACUGAUACUUCUACCCCUGUGUCAAUCGAUUCUACAACUACAGAGUCAGCCACCGAUACUGAUCAAGAGUCGACCUCGACCCCGACGAGCGCAGACGAAGCGACCUCUCCAGGCGUGACAUUCGCACCAGAACCAACAACCUCAUCUACCGACACUUCUACUACCAAUGAAGGACCCUCUACUACGUCCGAAACUAUCGCUUCAGACGAUGGGCCUCUUCCUCCAGUUACGCAAAGCCCGACUGAAGAAUCGCUCGAAACUCCACCAGCCUCUCCACCUCUCGCUCGCGCUCCAGAAGGCUACUGGCUGUAGGACCACGAUCCAGAGACUCACCUCAACUAAGGAAACACAAUGGAAAUGGCGGACGGCGUCAAGGCGUUCUUCGUUGCUGGUUCAACUUGGCUGUGUAAUCGUUGGGAAGGUCGAUGGGGCAAUGACCAUGGUCUGACAAUGCGAUGCUUCUUGAGAAUUGAUCGAUAGCUAGGUUCACCGACGAAACAUAUAGCAAAUUAUGCUGGGGCGUGCGACAUUCGAUCCUGUCCUUUCCGCUUGUCCGCAUACACAUCGCAGGUGGUGGCUACUCCAAGCUUCGAUCUGGUUUUGCCCCUUGCAUCGUUUUCCUCGCAGGGCCUCAAUCCUUCAAAACCAUCUGGACUUUCGAAAGAUGCAUCUGAUCGAACUGCGGAUUUGUCCGGAGUGUGCUCCUUCAACCAUUGCCAAUGAUGAGGUGUGUAUGGGCGCAAAAUCCGUGAACGCCAC